AAUUUCCAACGCAGACUUGCUGUCAACACGUGGUCUGCCGUACCUGCGUAUAAUUAAUCAGAAUUGAAGGAAAAGCAAGCUGUAAAGGAGGAAGAGAAGCUCCCCCAACUUCUCUUCUUCCUCCUUCUUCUUCUUCUUCUUCAUUCCCAACUUUAAAAAAAAAAAAAAAACCCCAACCAAAAUCCCAUAGCCAUGAAAGAAUCUCAAACCAACCCAAAUCCCAGGAUGGAGUCAAAGAAAUCGAUCCCACCUUACAUGAAAGCCAUUUCUGGGUCCCUCGGGGGUAUCGUUGAAGCCUGCUGUUUGCAGCCGAUCGAUGUAAUCAAAACCAGGUUGCAAUUGGACAGGACGGGUAAUUACAAGGGAAUCAUCCACUGUGGCACCACCGUGUCCCGUACGGAAGGGGUGCGGGCUCUUUGGAAAGGUUUGACUCCGUUCGCUACUCACCUGACGCUCAAGUACGCGCUGCGGAUGGGCUCCAAUGCGAUGUUGCAGAGCGCGUUUAAGGACUCGGAGACUGGCAAGUUGAGUAACCGAGGAAGGGUUUUGGCUGGGUUCGGUGCUGGGGUUCUUGAGGCCCUUGUUAUCGUCACGCCUUUUGAGGUGGUGAAAAUUAGACUGCAGCAACAGAAAGGACUAAGUCCAGAGCUUCUAAAGUACAAAGGUCCUGUACAUUGUGCUAGUACAAUCAUCCGGGAAGAAGGCCUCUUUGGGCUUUGGGCAGGAGCUGCCCCAACUGUUAUGCGUAAUGGGACCAACCAAGCUGCAAUGUUUACAGCCAAGAAUGCUUUUGAUGUAAUAUUAUGGAAGAAACAUGAAGGCGAUGGGAAAGUCCUCCAACCAUGGCAGUCUAUGAUAUCUGGGUUCCUUGCUGGAACAGCAGGUCCGGUAUGUACUGGUCCCUUUGAUGUUGUCAAAACUAGGCUGAUGGCUCAAAGUCGAGAUGGAGGUGAGUUGAAGUAUAAAGGCAUGAUCCAUGCUAUCCGAACAAUAUAUGCUGAAGAAGGACUUCGUGCUUUGUGGAAAGGACUACUACCUCGGCUCAUGAGGAUACCACCAGGCCAAGCUAUAAUGUGGGCUGUUGCUGAUCAAAUAACUGGUCUUUAUGAGAGAAGAUACCUUCAUAGUGCAGCUUUAUAGAUUUGCAUUUUUUUGCUUGUUCUGGUUCUCAAUGCCAUUGCAAGCAUAAAGUCUUGGAAAAUUCUGACAUUUCUUCAUGAGUUAUUAUAGAUGAUCAUCACCAAUCCUAGAUAGUAUUGCGUUGAUCUUUUGCUACUUUUUCUAACCAUUUUUUAGUGGGGGGAGAGGAUUGAAAAUUUUUCUCAGCUCUAUUUGAAGUCAUGCUGCAGUCAAAGAGCAAAAUAAAGGUUUAGUUGACUGCUAUUGGGUGCCUUGAAAUAGAGCCUUAAGCUUGGUCACGCAAGUUGUGUCCAGAUGAGUACUAUGGCUAUCAAUUAGGAAGCGAAAAUAAUAGAAAUGAUGUGGCUGUCUGUUUCUCUAACUUUGACUAAAGAAAAGAAAUUAGAUUACCAGAACAAACUGAGAUCUGUUUUUCUA